GCUGCAAGACAUAAAAACAAUACUGCGAUAAUCGGAAUAGACACGUAGGAAUUGAUAGUCAAGAAAAAGUGAUAACAAAGCUUUAGUUAAUAGUUUCUCUUUCGAGAAGCAAUACCUAAAGGUUUAUUUGUGGAGUUUUACAUCAAGAACAUCAGGUCUGGAUUAUUCAACUACAUUGAAAUUAACGGAUUAUUCUAGAGAAAACAAAAAACUGUGGUAAGAAAAUUGUUAAAAUGUUUAUAUCAACCCCAAGUGAUCCAAUAUCGGCGGUACAAAUGAUACCAGUCAUCAAUUACCUGAACCUACUUAGCGAUUUUCUUUUCCUGGAAAAUCGCCUCUCUGAAUAUGACCAAUACAAACCGAUUCCAAUCGUCAAUGGUCUGUACCAGUACUUCGAGGAUCAUCGCUCUAACCAAACUCUGAUAUUAAAACUUAUUCGAAAUUUACUACUAGGCAGUGAUCUCUACGGGGAAAAAGAGAACGAAAAUAUUGACGCAGUUUUUGUCAAUGCAAUGUUUGACUACAUCAUCAGUUCCCUAGUGUUUGCCAAAUACGGAAAUAUUUACGGAUUUCUAAUCGACAGUAUUCGUCAGGAAGGGGAUUUACAACUUGAUUCUAUUUUAGAAAGGAUAAAACAAAAUCUUAAGAAAGCAGAAUUCGAGAAUGAAUACGGUAAUAGUUCGACUCUUACCGAAUUGUCGGUAAGCAGAAUAUUCAACGACUUGCUAAUGCCACUGUUUCCUCAACCUCCUAAUGAUAUCGAUUUACUAUCUCUUGAUUACAUUUUCGCCCAAGCUGGUUCAACCUUUUUUCGACUAGGUAGAUUAAAUUAUGCUGAGUACUACAAACCGAAAAUUUUCAGCGUGAAUAAUCAUGAAAAUCUAUUUGACGAAUACUUGACAUUAGCUCAUGUUCUUGAAAAUCUGCACUAUCAUAAACUUAUAAAUCCUUUUACGUUGAAAUCUUUCGCUCUUCCGGCGCUCUUUCACUAUGUCACCAUGGAAGAGAAUCUAAAAACAGUAUCAGUAACGAAAAUAAUAUUUGAACCUUUUCAUUGGGAGAGAGCUUAUGAUGGUUUAUUCCAGUACAUCAAAGAUGCUUCUGCCAAAAUUGAGAAUCAAUUAGCAAAUGACUAUACCUACAAAAUGCAUCGUGCUUUCUCGGUAUUUCAGAGUCGUGCCGCAAUGGCUAAAUUCAUUUUGGAUUUAUCAUGCGAACGUUUAGAUGACAUUGAACCGAAAUCAGAAAUGCGGACAUAUCUCGAAUAUAGAAAAGAAUAUAAAUGCAACAAAGGUGGUGUUUUAGAGAAAAUAGACAAUUGGUUCAAGGAUCAGCUUCAUAACAUUGGAGAGGUAUACGAAAAGUACGACUUAGGAAUGACCCAACAAAUAUUUAACGAAUCUUUUCUAGACGACUUUCGGGGUGUUGUGAUAAAACUAUUAAUCCCCGACAGUAAAGCGAUAGACAAAAGUUUUAACAACUCGGAAUACUUCUCCUACGAUCUGCUCGAAUUUUACGACAACAAUAAUCAAUAUUCCGACUAUUAUGCUCUGCUACGUGAAAACUAUACCGUCACCCUAAUCAGCGAAUACGAUGAACCGGCACUUUUCCAUCAACUAAUUGGUCCAUCAAUAGAGGACAUUAUCCACAACUCAGAUCGUAUCAUUCUAAAGUACGCCAAUGAAAGUAUUCAACAACUUUCCGAAGAAUUAAUGAAAUACAAAAAAGCUCGUUUUAAAUCAUAUCUAAAUCAUUCCGAUAACAGUCCAGAGCAAACGAAAUGGUGGAAGGAAUUCGGCCUAUCCCUAGUACCCCACUAUCCCUGCUUUUCCCAAAUCACCAACUAUCGGGACGCUACCGAAAGACUUUGCGACAAAGACGACAUCAAAUUUCUCAACAAACAUACUUCAAACAUUUCCUCUCAAAUAACUCACAACGCUACAAAAAAACUCCUAUCAAACCUAGGGACAACAAUCGAAACCGUUUUCAUAAAAGACAUCAUCGAACGAAACGUAAUCGAUCUUCUUGUAUCCAACAAUAGAUCCGUUUGGUUCCCAACCGACUAUGAUAUCAACAAGGGUAAAAUCUACCAGGAAUUUGCAACAAAAAUUCUUGAACCCACUUUCGAAAUUUACAGUUUCGACGAAUUGGAAAUCAAACUCCUCCUCACAAUUAUUGAUGGUUUGGAAGAUAAGGUUACCAAAUGGUUUUCUCAUAUUCAAACAAUGCUAAACAAUAUGAAACUUUUAAAAAACACGAAUCCUUUGAAAAUUUACGACAUCGACAAUAAAUCCAAUCAAACAUUGUUCGUUAAUACCUGGAAUCAAAAUAACGGUUUUGGCUAUAAAUUCGUACACUAUCUGAAUCAUACAAAUUUUCAAGUUUCAGCAGCAAAAUUAAGAACUGAUUUUAAAUCCAAGGAGAAAAUAUUUAUCGUACCUCGUCAAAAUUCGAAGGGGAUUUAUAUUAAAUUCAAUAAUCAACUUCAUGACAAUAGGGAUAAGAUAAUAUUCAUCACUUCGGAUUUAGAGGUAAUAUUACUAAACAUCAGAAAUGGAACAAGAGAUCUAGUUCCUGAUAAUGGAACAAAUGAUAUAAUCUACGAAAUUAAUAAUCAACUUUGGAACGAUAAUGUCAACGUCACUUUUUAUAGAAUUUCGUACCACGAUCAUAAUGACGAACUAUGUAAUUCGGAUUACUAUCUACAGAAGACGAAACAUGAGAAAAUUUGUUCGCGACAUUGGCGUUAUAUCGAAAAGACGGAUCAUGAUCGAACGAUAAUAAAAAAUGUACUAAAAAACAAAUACGAUAAAAAUAAUUUACUCGAAAAUGAAAUACGCAAUAUACUGAGAAUGUACACCUUUCCAAAUGACACGACACUAAUCUAUUUUCUCAACAAUUGGCUUCAAGACAAACAAUUCAAAAAUUCCGAUUGGAGUAGAAAAAAUAUUCUCGACUCUUCUGGUUUGUUAAAUAAAAUAAUUUACGAUGUUCGCUUGGAAAAUAAGGGAAUAUCAAUUACAGAUGGUGAAAUAAGGAUCAAUUCAAUUUACACCUACAAGGAACGAACUGAAAUCGAGGAGCAAAGAACUUUAGAAAAUAUAAUCAAUGAUUACAAUAAUCAGAAAGAAGAUUACUCCGUUAUGUUCGAAGAUUAUUAUGCGAUAUAUAAUUUCGUUACGAAUAAUUACAAAAUAAGUUUCGAUACUCGUGAAGGGAAAAUGAUGAGAAAUGCUCUAUACAAAUUGGCAAUAAGACAAUAUGAUGAUCAAUUAGAAGAAUUUGAUUCCAAACUGUUUUACUUUGAAUCCGUUUCAUUUGACAUUUUCAACAGGAUAUUUUACCAAAGAGACAAAAUUUUCACUUUGCAAAAAUGUUUGCUAAUGUCAAUAAAUGAAAAAUCUGCUUUGAGAUUCGCGGCACAAUCAAAUUUGGGUUAUAAAAAUAUUUUAUAUGAGAUGAAAUUUUUUGGUCCUUAUUUGAGAGCAAAAAUUGAUGUAUCAGUUGGUAAUGAAUCGGAAGUAUUUGGAGAAAAAAGAAUAAUUAUCUUUCCUGGUAGUGAAUUUCAUAUUGACAGAAUGGCAAUUGGACCUUUUAAAGAAAUUGGUAACUACUUGAAAGUGGUGUUAACUUUUAAAUAUCAUAAUGAUCAAAAUUAUGAAUUGUUUAAUUUUAAUUUUAUAAAAGAGAUAAUGAGAAAGUAAUUUAAAAUCAUUCUU